AUGGAAAAAAAUAAGGUGAAUUUUUGAGGGGGGACAAUUUGAAUUUCGAUUUAAAAAAAUUCUAUUUAAAAAAUAUUUUCAUCCAGAAUUUCAAAACUAGAAGAUGAACCUCAGAAUUGAAAAUUUUUCAUGAAAUUUCAGCCGUUCCCACAAAUCUUUUUUUUAACCGAAACCCUUUUUUUUCAGCUUGUUUUGAGCAAUGAAGAACCUCAAGAAACCAAUGUUUAUCAACAAUUUGGCGAGGUAUAUAUAUAUGUCUCUUUAAAUAAUAGUAUUCCUAUAAUUUUUCCAUUUUUAGAUUGAUUUAUUUUCAUAUUCAAUGAGUGUUAUGAGUUUGCUCCCAGGAUCAGCUGAGACUCCACGUAUUUUUGUGAAAUUAGAGUGAGUUUUUUUAAUUGAAAAAUAUUGAAAAAAAAACAUAAUUUUUCAAGUUUUUUGGACAUAAUUUCUGAAUUAUUCGCAAUUCAUUUACCAAUUUGGGCUUGCGUUGGAUGUAUUCAUAUUAUUAUGCUCGAAAGUUUCAGUCAACAUUUGUGUAAGUUUUUUCUUCCUUCAAAUUCUCAAUUUUUUUUAAAUUAAUCUCAUAAUUUCAGCGUUCUAUUUUUAUUAUCAUGAAGAAUCAAUGAUGUAUGCCUCAAUUUUGUUAUCAAUUUUGUUCGGAAUAUUUCAUGAAUUAUAUGGAAAUUGGAUUUCAAAUGAUAUUUUGGCGUUUGCCUCGAUAUAUGUAGUUUGCUCGCGGAUUCAAGCUGUUAGCUAUCAAACUGUGGUUAUUUUUGUGAUUGGAAUGGCUAUUUUUGAUUUGUUCUUUUUAUAUGUUGUUGACUUGCUUUGUAAGUUUCUUUUUCACGAACGGGGGUUUACUGUGAUUUCCAAAAAUCAGAAGUAAUUUUUAUGUGAUCUACAGUAACUCUGAACAUUUUUGUUGAAGAAACAUUGAUCUUCAGAAAAAUGAGCUAUUAUUUUUUUUUUACACAUUUUCCAAAUACAUUCAUCUUGAAAAACGCUGUGAAAUUAGAACUCCAAAUUUUUUCCCGAAACAAGUUAAAGAUUCUGAAAAUUAACCCAUCCAGAAGCCUUGAAAAUUUCAGCUACUGUAACAAAACACAAUCGCGCUCCAUUAAUGAUAAUAAUUCCACGUGAUACCAAAGGACAUAUUCAAAGUUUGGCAACAUUGGAUAUAAUGGUUCCAGGUGUAUUUUUGAAUGUGAUUUUGAAAUAUUCAUCAAUGUAUGAUUCUUCACUUUUUAUCGCUACUUUCAGUGCCAUUUUUGGAAGUUUAGUGUUAACAAUGCUUUUUGCUGUUUGGAGGUUAGUUGGAUUUUUGAAAAAAAUAAAUGGGAUCUCUCUCUCUCUCUUUUUUAAUUUAAAAAAUUUCAGAAAUUAUUUGUUACAAAGUCCACGUUUUUUUCAGAUCCAAAACUACGCCGGCGAUGGUUUUACCAGCAAUUUCAGCGAUUUUUGUUUCUUUAGCAGGAUCAAGUCAUGUUGAAGAUUUGUGGAAGUUUAUGAUUAAACAUUAA